GUUGACAAUAGUUGACAUUGACAUUUAGAAUGAAAAAUAAAUUUUUGAAUUUAGAUUAAAAAUGGACAAUUCUUUGGGAUGUUAAAGUUUAUCAAUCUAAAAUCUUGUACUUUUAAAUUUUAAACUUUCAGUUUAGUCUCUUUCGUAUACCAUUCUUUCCUCUACGAAAGAUGCAGCUGUAUUUACAAACUGACUCUAUUUUAUAAUCAACAAAAAACGACAUAAACUAUUUUUCUUUGAUCAACAAGUCUGGAAAACAAAUCUAUACUUACCUUUAAUAUAUUUUCCAAAAUGAAUCAAAAUAAAAUUAUUAAGUAUUCACCAAAAAUGAUGCCCAGCAUUUUUAAUCAGUGCCAUCCAAUUGCCAAUACAACUGAACUGGAAGAAGUCUUACAGGAACCACCUGCUUGGAUUUCGAGGGUGCAACCUCUACAACCUAGAUCAUGUACUGUAGCCAAAAAUUACAAAGAAGAUUGCCAUUCAGAACUAGAUUACUUUUCUGUGAGACCUAGGAUUGAUGCAAGACUAGUGCCAAAACUGUUAGUAUGCCAUGAUUACAAAGGGGGAUAUCAAGCUGACAGGUAUCUUCAUAAUCCAGAAGAGGCAAUUGUAGGAAAUGGAUACACGUUUUACAAUUGGGCCCAGAUUGAUAUUUUUAUAUAUUUUAGUCAUCAUUUUAUAACAAUUCCACCACUUUGUUGGAUCAAUGCCGCUCACAAAAAUGGUGUGAAGAUUCUAGGAACUUUAAUAACCGAAUUUGAUUCUGGGAAAGACAUUUGUGAUAAACACAUAUUUCGAGAUUUGGAAACGAUGAAAACGUUUGCUCAAUCUUUACAAAAAAUAACGAAACUAUUCGGUUUUGACGGAUGGCUGUUAAAUAUUGAAAAUAAAGUUGAAAAUAUGGAGGCUUUAAAAGAAUUUGUUCCCUAUUUUACUCGAUUAAUACAUGAAGACAAUCCUGGAAAUGUAGUUAUAUGGUACGACAGUGUUACCAUUCAAGGAGACUUACAUUGGCAAAACGAACUCAAUAAAGAAAACCAGUAUUUUUUUGAUUCUUGUGACGGAAUUUUUCUAAACUACACUUGGAACGAAAAAACCAUUAUGAAUACCGUAGCAGCUGCUAAGUAUCGAAAUUUUGAUGUAUUUGUAGGGGUAGACGUUUUUGGGAGAAAUAUGUACGGAGGAGGAAAAUUUAACACGUCUAAGGCUGUAGAAGUUGCAAUAAAAAACAAUUUAUCUGUAGCUCUCUUCGCACCAGGAUGGACUCAUGAAACUUUAGAAAAAGACGAUAUAUUUUUUGAAGCGUUCUAUAACCGGGAUUUAGCAUUUUGGCAAAGUCUUAGCUGUUUUAUGUAUACACAUCCGAUUACUACUUAUUUUACUACGAAUUUUUAUAUUGGACUUGAUAAAGACUGUUACAAUCUUUUCAGCCAAGAACUUCAACUGUCCAAGUGUCUCUAUCCAUCAAAUCAACUGAUUAUACCAGAUUUUUGUAACGGCAGUCAGAUGAUCACCGCAUGUAGUUGCAUACAAGGAUCCCUUUUGGGAUCAAAGAAUACUUGUUUGAUCACGAAGUCAAAUUUGAAAAAAGAAAUUUCGUACAUUCAUUAUUUAUUUGCCACAGAUAUCCAAAUAUCGGAAAAUACUGUGGUGUUCUAUCUUACGAAAAGUUUGGACGAAUCGAAUAUUGUGAGUAGUAUCGAUGUGACAUUAUUGGUUAGUGGCCGUAGCGGAACUAUACAAAGAAUUGUCCUUUUGGGUGAUAAAAAGGAAAAUCUAGAAGAAAGUUAUACACUUUUGGAAGUUAACCCAUCUGAAGCAAUGGAUUCUUAUAAAAGUCUAAGGGACAGGUAUUACAAAAAGAUCGUUGAAGAACGUUGGGUUCUGAGUGUUUAUAUAUUUAAUACAACCCAAUGUAAUAUACUGGAAGUAGGAGCAACCAUAAACUCUGGAACUUCGGUUCUUCUAGGAGCCUUUGGAAUUGAGGAUGCCGACGGAAAUUUUUUAAAGAACUUAUAAAUGAAAGAGUAGAAAAAGUUAAUUUUUCAAUUUAAUAAAAACACCGUAAAAGAUUUAUAUAUUUUAUUAAUAACAUUUUUAAUUAAUUAAAACAAAUUAAAAAAUAUCCUAAUUAUAAAUGAAGAAAAUAAAUAAAAUACGUGAUAAUAACAUAUUAUUUUGAACUAAUGUUACCUCUGUGAACCAUAAUUUCUUUCAAAUAAAAUUAAAAUAUUGUUUUG